ACUCCGAAGCGACCCAGCGGUUCUGCCCGACCCUCCCCUCUCGCGACACCAUGGUGGCAUACUGGCGGCAGGCCCGACUCAGCUACAUCCGGUUCUCCCAGAUCUGUGGGAAAGCAGUGCGGGAUGCCCUGAAGACCGAGUUCAAGGCGAACGCCGAGAAGACUUCAGGCAGCAGCGUGAAGAUCGUGAAGGUGAAGAAGGAGUCGACCCUGACUGAAGCAUGA